AGCCAAUAAUACAACGCUGAAGAAACCUUUGUAAUUGAAGAAAUACGAACCACUUCCAGGAGGUUGAAGGAUGGCAAUAUGCUUUCCAUCAAGAGCCCCCACGCAGUUUUCUACUUGCCAGUAUUUUUUAAAAUCUGUAGCAAUAUUCAUCCAGUCGCUUUCAUUCUCAGGCAACUGAAAAAGAAAAAAAUAUAUACUACUAUGUUUUGAAGAUGUGUCGUUAUAAGUGUACUAUUUCCAUUGUUCUUUCACAGGAGGCCGAGAACUCGCCCAGUAUCCUGGCCAGUCCAGACGGAGGUUCAUCCACCCCUGCUACGCCUACUAGUUCGCUCUCACAAACACCUGCUCAGAACAUCAGAUCACAAACAUCAGACUCCGCGAGCAAUGUACAACGGCGCCAGCGUAAAAGAAAAAAUGUCUCGGAGUAUGAUCGAAAGAAAGAAUCAUUUUUGGACGUAGCAACCAACGCUUUGAAUCAACAUGUUAAUGAAAAUCAAGCAUUUGGGAACAGUAUCGCCUUCCAGCUGGAAGACAUGGAUAGACGCCAAAAGAUAUUUGCACAAAAACUUAUUUCAGAUGCACUUUUUCAUGGUAAAUUAGGACAUUUAAAUGAAAACUCAGUCAUUCACUUAAACAACAUACAGAACCCUGACAAUUACGGACCAAAUUGUUCACGUGGAUUCGCUAAUGUACAACCUACCACUUAUCAAUUCCAGGAAUACAAUUACGGGCAACAGAACUACCCUUUUUCCCCAGCGAUACUUACCACCACAACCACAACAACAACAGGCCGCAAACAAUGCAAUGUUUGUCAAUGA